AAAGCCCCACUGCAUACUACCUGCCCAUCACCAUAUGCUAGACAACUAGCUAGCUGUGUUGCUAGCUAGUAACUAGCUUAACUCGAGAGUCAAACAUCUAGCAGCUUAAAGGGGCUUUUAAGGACAUGGUGGAAAACAGAGCUUAAAGAACAGUAAGUAUUGGACUUAUAUUCAUCAGCUGGCCAGGAAAUCACCUCCAAUGAGAGGUCAACAUUGCUCCGAUAGCCUACUGCUGAAUGACUCUGUAUCCAACUGCAUUUAGGAUAAAGCGCGGGGAUUAUUCGCUGAUCAACCCCACAUUCCAGCGUUCGGCGGAGGACGUCGACCUGCUUUUUGAGAUCCUGCUCGCUGGAAUGCAGAUCCAAGGUGGAGAACACGACAUGCUGAUCCCAGAUGAGGAGCUGGCCUCCCUGAGGUGCGUGGAGAAGCUGGAGGUCAUCUGUGAAGACGUCCUUCCCAAAACGCUAUCGGACAUUCGCCGGCUGGCAGCGGAGCUCAAUCAUCGGCAGCAACCUCUGAGCUGGCAGGACUUUGAGAGGACUGUGCUGACCCUGGUGUACGCCACUCAGAGGCUGACUCGAGUCAGCAGCCAGCAUCAGAGGGAGGCGUGGACGGACGCUGCUAGACAGCUGUUCUCAGCCGUUCACAAGGACCUCAGACCCUCUUGAGGAAGAAUCACAGGAUGUACUUUUUUCAAAAAGAUAUUUUUAUGACAUCCACUCAUGCUCACCCAUGUAUGACCGUGUUAAGCUGCAACGCUUGACUCAAACAGUGUCCCAGUUAUAUACUAUGUGCUAAUUUUAGACAUUAUGCACUUCAUAUAGAUUGUUGUAGGAAACAAGAAAUCAGUGUUUGACAAAAAA